AUGACCGCCCGCUUGGUCCUGGUCAUUGGUGACUUGUUCAUCCCUGAUCGCGCUCCUGAUCUACCAGCCAAGUUCCGCAAACUCCUCACACCCGGAAAGAUUGGCCAGAUUUUGUGCUUAGGAAACCUGACCGAUAGAGAGACCUAUGAAUAUCUACGAGGUGUAGCUCCAGACCUGCAAAUGGUCAAGGGAGACUACGAUGUCGAUUCACCAAACUUGCCCCUCUCAAAGAUUGUCAACCAUGGUAGUCUGCGCAUUGGCUUUACCCACGGCCACAGCAUUAUCCCACCUGGCGACGCUGAUGCCCUGCUGAUUGCAGCCCGACAGAUGGAUGUAGACAUUCUGCUAUGGGGUGGUACACAUCGUUUUGAGGCCUUUGAGAUGGAAGGCCGCUUCUUCAUCAACCCCGGAAGCGCAACAGGGGCAAUGAGCUCGGGCUACUGGGCUGAUGGAGAGGAGCCAACUCCAAGCUUUUGCCUGAUGGAUAUCCAAGGAGAUGUUCUUGUUCUCUAUGUUUAUCAACUCAAGACAGAUGAAAAUGGGGCAGAGAAUGUAUCAGUUGAAAAGGUCUCUUUCCGCAAGAACCAUGCCCCAGCUCCAACCCCUGUCCCAUCUUCAGCCCCAUCUUCCUAA